CCUCACGCCCAUAGUUUUACACAUUCUGUUUCUCUAUUUUCCGAUUCAGAAAAAAUUAGGGUUUUUAUUUCUCGUAAAGGGGAAGAACAAUUUCCAAUUCUCAACGGAACCCUAAUCAAUCACGAUCACGAUGUCUUCAACAAGAAAGAUCACUCUCAAGAGUUCCGACGGUGAGACCUUCGAGGUCGAUGAAGCGGUGGCUUUGGAAUCUCAGACGAUCAAGCAUAUGAUCGAAGAUGAUUGCGCUGACAGUGGAAUCCCUCUUCCCAACGUUACCAGCAAGAUCUUGGCGAAGGUGAUUGAGUAUUGCAAGAAGCAUGUUGACGCUGCUGCUGCUGAAGAGAAGCCUAACGAGGAUGAGCUUAAGUCUUGGGAUUCUGAGUUCGUGAAGGUUGAUCAGGCUACGCUUUUUGAUCUUAUCUUGGCUGCUAAUUAUUUGAAUAUCAAGAACCUGCUGGAUCUUACAUGCCAGACUGUGGCAGACAUGAUCAAGGGGAAGACACCUGAGGAGAUUCGCAAGACCUUUAACAUUAAGAAUGAUUUCUCACCAGAGGAAGAGGAGGAAGUUCGUAGGGAAAACCAAUGGGCAUUUGAAUGAUUAUAUGUUUUAACUUGUUAGCAUCUAAGUCAAGGAUCUACCAUGUGGUUUUAUGUUAUGCCUUUUUUAAAUCAUCAAAGAACUCCAAUGUUUAUCUUUUGGUUUAUUUCUGUGGAGUCCGGUCAUGAAUCUUCAUUAUCUUUCUAAGAUUUUAGUACAUCUUGAAUUGUAAGUAACAGUUGAUUAUGAUUGGCUGAUGCGUUUAGUAUGGUACAAGGCUUUUUGAUUUAAAUAAUUUUCGCAA